GUAGAUGCUUUUAUCUUCUUGAUUUACUAGAUCUGCUUACUACUGCCUGUGCUUAAUGCGUGAAGACUAGAACAUGGCUCCACUUUAUCAUCUAGUGUAUUUCCUGGCAUUUCUGGUUUCUUGUCAUUCCCUUGACUCUGGGGUCUUCCUACAACUCGAUGGCUGUGCUUUGGAAAACAUUGUGACAGGAGUACUUUCAAAUAAGGACUUCUUGAUCAAGAAAAUGUCAGAAUCUCCAGCAACCAAGAAAGCUCUUGGCAAAAAGGGUAAAAGUCCAGUCAAGGGGAUUACAAACAUUAAAGUAGAAAAAAUUGACUUCUCCAACAUCGAACUUGACUUUCUUCCUAAUCUUGGUGUCCAUAUGUUUGUGACAAACAAGAUAGAAAUUGGGGGAAAAAGUUUUCUGGGUGGAAGGACAGAGCUGAAAUUGGAAAUAAACAUUAUUACAAAUUCAACCCUAAAGAAGGAAAAUGUAACCUGCCCUACGUUACGAGUUUCAGAAUGCAGAGUGGAAGUACUUAAUGUCAAAGCCAAUCUACCAAAAGGAAUUUUGCCAAAUGUGAUGAAUAAUUUCUUAGAUAAAAACCUCAAAACUAUUUUGCCUAAUACAGCUUGUCCAGCAGUGGAUUACAUACUCACUGAAGUAAAUAAAAAGUUAUGCAUACAAGAGGUUGACUUGCCUAUUGAAAAUAUCGGAAACCUCCGCUAUUUACUAACUCCAGUACCUACAGUGACUGGAGAGCAUUUUGAGAUGGAAUUAAAUGUUACUUUGCUUAAAGGAGAGGAAGUUGUUGAUCCUCCAGAGAGAACCAACAAUCCCUUGGUUCUACCAUCCAAUCCACAAACCACAACACUAAUUUUGAAAGCCAGCUUUCUUGGAUAUUUUUUUACUCUUCUUCAGCAAGAAGGAUUAUUCAACUUCAAAACAACAGAAGAUGAUAUUACAAAUGCUGGGGCAAUAUCUACCUCUGUGUUAAGUGACAUUAUUCCUGAGCUUCCACCAGGACUUCAAGAUUACAAGAUAAAUAUUUAUGUGAAAAAAACACCUUUAGUUACCAUUAGUACUUCUAAAGCACUGCUCCAUCUUUACUCCACCAUGGAAGUAGUGGCAUCCAGUCCAGACUCCGAGCCUUCACUCUUGUUUGUAAUUGAUCUACAUAUGAAUUAUAAAAUCCAGUCAUCCGUCAAGGAAAACAGCUUACAUUCGAUGUUCUCUCUUGACAAGACAUUUCUGUCUGUGAAUGCCUCAUCUGUUGGAGAUUUUGAGGUUCAGGACCUGAAUGACUUUAUCAACUCUGUCCUUAAAGAAGUCUACAGUCCUGUAAUAAAUGGUUUGACGCAAACAGCAAUCCCUCUCCCCGACAUUAAAAACAUGCUAGAUAUGGACUUUUCUAAUGCAGAAAUUGAAAUUGAUAAGGACCUACUUCUUCUAUCAAUCAAUAUCUGUAAUGCAUGAAUUACUACAUAUGACCAACAUUUAGAGAACAGAAAUCAUGAAAUGAAGAACAUUUUUUAUAAUCCCAAUCUUCUAUAUUGCAUAUCAGCCUAUGAAAUCCUAAGCAACGUAAUUAUUCUAAAUUACCAAUAAAAAAGUAUGUUCCGUAGACUAAGAAAGCAUUACAUUUUCAUUAUGUUUCAUUUUUCCUGCAAUGUUCACAAAUGCCUUUAUAUCUAAAGCACUUGGUUGACUGUAUGUUUACCAUUAACCUUGUAAAUUACCAAAUGCAAUAAAAAAUUAUCAAUCAA